CUCUAGGCAUAUAAUCACUCAUCUCCACCUUCGGCUGCCACGUAGAGCGUACGGGUUCAGUGCAGGCGUUAGGCCACAAACAUGCAGGCUACGCAGCAGCCGAAUAUGCGGGCGACAAGGGGCGCUGGGGCCCAGUUCUCGCGCCCGUGCAGGGCCCGCUUGAUUGUUCGUGCGAAGGAAGGUGCCCUGCCCCCUCCCGCGUGGCCGCAGCGUGUUGUGCCGCCUGAGGUCGAGCACCGCAGCGAGCCAAAGCGCUUCUCAGUCCUGGGCUCGACGGGUUCCAUCGGCACCCAAACGCUGGACAUCAUCGCUGAGUUCCCCGAGAAGUUCAAGCUUGUUGCGCUAGCCGCUGGAUCCAACGUCCAGCUGCUUGCAGAUCAGGUCCGUAAAUUCAAGCCGGAGAUGGUGGCCAUUCGCGACGCCUCCAAAAUUCCCGAGCUGAAGGAGGCCAUCAAGGACGUGCAUCCCCAGCCGGUCAUCCUGGCUGGUGAUGAGGGGGCGGUGGAGGUGGCUAGGCACCCUGCCGCGGAGUCCGUGGUGACCGGCAUUGUGGGGUGUGCGGGACUGCUGCCCACGGUUGCCGCCAUAAAGGCCAAGAAGGACAUUUGCCUGGCAAACAAGGAGACCCUGAUUGCCGGCGGUCCCUUCAUCCUGCCAUUGGCCCAGGAGUACGGCGCCAAGAUCUUGCCGGCGGAUAGCGAACACAGCGCCAUCUUUCAGGUUAUGCAGGGCCUGCCGGAGGGGGGUCUGCGCCGCAUCAUCCUGACGGCCAGUGGAGGCGCCUUCCGGGACUGGCCCCUGGAGAAGCUCAAGGAGGUGACGGUGGCUCAGGCCACCAGCCACCCCAACUGGUCCAUGGGCAAGAAGAUCACAGUGGACAGCGCCACGCUCAUGAACAAGGGUUUGGAGGUCAUCGAGGCCCACUACCUGUUCGGCGUGGAUUACGACAACAUCGACAUCGUCAUCCACCCCCAGUCGAUCAUCCACUCCAUGAUUGAGACACAGGACUCCUCGGUACUGGCCCAGCUGGGCUGGCCCGACAUGCGCCUGCCGAUCAUGUACACCAUGAGCUGGCCGGAGCGAGUGCCAGUUAGCGACGCCACCUGGCCCCGACUGGACUUCACCAAGGCCUCCUCCCUCACCUUCAAGGCCCCCGACCGCCUCAAGUACCCCUCCAUGGACCUGGCCUACGCGGCAGGACGUGCGGGGGGCACCAUGACUGGGGUGCUAUCAGCAGCCAAUGAGCAGGCAGUACAGAUGUUCAUUGACGAGAAGGUGCACUAUCUGGACAUCAUGAAGCUCAACGAGGCCUGCUGCGAGGCGCACAAGUCUGAGCUGGUCGCCUCACCCGACCUGGAGACCAUCGUGCACUACGACGCCUGGGCCCGCCGGUGGGUGGCGGACAAGGUGGCCAGCGGGUCGUUCAGCUCCAAGGUCUUCGCCAUGGCGUGAAUCGACCAGGCUUUGCGGGGAGGGGGGAGGUGGGGUAGAGAGGACUACCCAGGGAUUGGGAGGCGUGGCGUUACGGCGCAAUAACGUGCGACCGGGAUUGGAAUGGUAGCAGCAGAAGGGCGAUGUCAGUAGCAGCAGCAGCUCAGAUGAGGAUGAGGAUGAGGAGUGGUGUCGUGUGGUGUGGUGUGGGAGGCGUGGAGUGGAAGGGUAGGUGAUGGAGGUGCCGGACGCGGUUACAAGUCCCCGGGUUACCGCGGUCGACGUGGGGCUAGGGUGAGCGUGCGUUUGUGGUGGUGGUGAGGAUGCAUGCGUGAGGAGGAGGGCGGUUGCUGCAUGUGACGACUUUAAAAGGGAGCGAGCGAAGCGUGUGUUAGGGUCGAGAUCAUCGGGGUCGGCGUGGGUGGUCAAACCUCCGGACGCUGUUGCCGCGCUUUCUUCCUUUUUUUUCUCUUUACCGGCGGAAUUGUUUUGGGGCGCGAAGCGACAUGCGUGUAUGUGUGCGUGUAUGCGUGUAUAAUGCAGUGCCGAGGGUACCUUUCCCAGCUCAGUUGCUCUCGUGGUGUGGUGUGAGUGAGAAUACGUGGGUGGGUUGUCAUUCGCGAGCAAAACGAGGGUGUUUUCGAGAGGACUUAUCCUUUGGGGGGGAUCGAAAGGCUGUGGAUGAUGGUGGUGAUGGUGAUGGCGGGGGAGGUAGUGAGGGUGACGGGGAGCUGUGGCUGGAUUGAUGAAUUGAUGUAUCGGGUUGGGUUUUUCGGACGGACACGUCUCCCCGGCGAUGACGUUUUUCCAUGCGGGGACUUCGUUUGCCGCGCUCUUGAUCUCGAGAGGCGUAUUCGAUAAUGUAUACGAUACCUCUCCGCAGAACUGCGGCAAGACCUUGCGACUACCUCCUGUGUGUUUGGAAGCCUCCUGACCCGGAACGUUGCGGUUUUGUAAUGCGUCCUAUGCG